AUGCAUAAUCAAAAGAUUGUAACUAAUAAUGAUGAAUCAAAUUGUGAAGAGAGACAAUUAGUAGAUCAGUCUAAGAAUAUUGAAUAACAAUAAGAGAUUCCUCGUAUUAAUGAUUCAAUAUUGGAUGCUAUAAAUUUAAAUGAAUAUGAUUAUUACAAUUAUCCACCAAAAUUGGAAUAAGCAGAAAUACACAGAUAAGCUUAUUAUCUUUGUCCUGAUUAAUAUGUACUUGAUCAUUAUACAAAAGAGUAUUGUGAAUGUUGCAAGUAACAGAUAGUAUAUUAAACAAUAGUAAAAAAUACCAUCGAUCAUCUUUCAAUUGGUUAUUUGGAGAUUUGUAUGAAGCAACUGUUGAUGAAUAUGGUUUAGCAGCUCCUCUAUAUUUUACAAUAAUCAAAUUCUAAUUAAUUGUGUUUAUAAUAGUCUUUUGCAUCUAUGGAAUAUUUUUCAUAACAGAAGUACAUCGAAUCUGUAAUUCUACUCCUUUAUUAAAUUGUGAUGUUGAUAACAAUGAUUUGUGUAGAACUUGUGAAUUUUAGUAUUCCUAUGGCUUUAUUGAUAUUGUUACAGUUCAAAAAUACUUACAUUAAGAAAAAGGUUCAAAUUACUAAUGGUUUUAAGUCUCAGCUUUUUUGAUAUUUCUAAUCAAUCUACAUUUACCAUUCUUUUAUGAUUUACUUAUAACUUAUAUGUAAGUAUAUCAAAUAUAUAUAACUUAGAUAAUUUAAGUAUUGGAAUAGGGAUCCUUAUAAUAUAUAAAAUGAAACAAUCACUUCAAUAUAUAUUAGAGGAAUGAAUUCUAAACUAACUCAACAAGAGAUUUUGAAUCUUAUAAAGGAGAGCAUGAAAAGAAACAAUAAUUAAAUUAUUUCAUCUUAACAUUAGUAUUUAUUAAUGUUGAUAUCAAUAGAUUAUUAGAUAAUGUAAAAAUUGAAGAAAUUGUUUAUAUUCACAAUACUCAUCAAAUUAAAGAGUUAUAAUAAAAAAGAUAAAAUUUNUACAUCUCUUGGUUGUUCUUAUUAUCUUUAGAAGUUUAAGAACAGGAAAUAAUUAUCUAUAAUAUAUUUAGAUUAUUUAAAUUAAAGAUAAAUCUUUAAAUUAUAUUAUAGAUUUUAUAUGAUGAUAAGAAUAAAAAUUAAUAAAAAUAAUCUUUAUAAUUAAGAAUGGUUGUUGUAAGAAAAUUAAUUUUAUUUUUAGAAAAGGUUUAAUUUAUUAUUAAUAUGCAUAAUCAAAAGAUUGUAACUAAUAAUGAUGAAUCAAAUUGUGAAGAGAGACAAUUAGUAGAUCAGUCUAAGAAUAUUGAAUAACAAUAAGAGAUUCCUCGUAUUAAUGAUUCAAUAUUGGAUGCUAUAAAUUUAAAUGAAUAUGAUUAUUACAAUUAUCCACCAAAAUUGGAAUAAGCAGAAAUACACAGAUAAGCUUAUUAUCUUUGUCCUGAUUAAUAUGUACUUGAUCAUUAUACAAAAGAGUAUUGUGAAUGUUGCAAGUAACAGAUAGUAUAUUAAACAAUAGUAAAAAAUACCAUCGAUCAUCUUUCAAUUGGUUAUUUGGAGAUUUGUAUGAAGCAACUGUUGAUGAAUAUGGUUUAGCAGCUCCUCUAUAUUUUACAAUAAUCAAAUUCUAAUUAAUUGUGUUUAUAAUAGUCUUUUGCAUCUAUGGAAUAUUUUUCAUAACAGAAGUACAUCGAAUCUGUAAUUCUACUCCUUUAUUAAAUUGUGAUGUUGAUAACAAUGAUUUGUGUAGAACUUGUGAAUUUUAGUAUUCCUAUGGCUUUAUUGAUAUUGUUACAGUUCAAAAAUACUUACAUUAAGAAAAAGGUUCAAAUUACUAAUGGUUUUAAGUCUCAGCUUUUUUGAUAUUUCUAAUCAAUCUACAUUUACCAUUCUUUUAUGAUUUACUUAUAACUUAUAUGUAAGUAUAUCAAAUAUAUAUAACUUAGAUAAUUUAAGUAUUGGAAUAGGGAUCCUUAUAAUAUAUAAAAUGAAACAAUCACUUCAAUAUAUAUUAGAGGAAUGAAUUCUAAACUAACUCAACAAGAGAUUUUGAAUCUUAUAAAGGAGAGCAUGAAAAGAAACAAUAAUUAAAUUAUUUCAUCUUAACAUUAGUAUUUAUUAAUGUUGAUAUCAAUAGAUUAUUAGAUAAUGUAAAAAUUGAAGAAAUUGUUUAUAUUCACAAUACUCAUCAAAUUAAAGAGUUAUAAUAAAAAAGAUAAAAUUUCCUAUUAGAUUUAGUGAUUGCAGCAUAAUAAAUCAAAGAAUUAGAAAUGCAAAAAGAAAUUACUACUUAUAAAGAUAAUGAAGUCAAACUUUACAAAACUUAUACUAAAGAAUUUUUAUCCUAAAAAAUAAGUGAUUUAAUCAAAUCACUAUCAGAUGUUAAUGAUGAUAUUCAUAAAUAAGUUAUCGGAUUAUAAAUCAAUAAUAUACCUAUUAAUAAUUAAGAUAUAUGCAAACUCAAAUUAGAACCCUUAGAAUUUAGUCACAAAGCUAUUAUUAGAUUUAAUGACCCAUAUAUAAGUUAGUUAAUUUUAUAGAAUUUUAACAUUCCCUGGUAUAAUAGAUUAAGAAUUAAAUUAAAUUUGAUUCCAAAUCCUAAAAUAAUUGAUAAAUUAAUAGUCAAAAAAUCUUUUCGAAUUAAUGGUAUGUUUUGGGAAAACAUUGGUUUUAGAUCUUCAGAAAGAAUAGCUGCAAAAGUAAAAAGUGCUAUCACUAUGUUGAUUGCAUGUGCUGCAUUAAUGACUGCUUAUGAAUUUAUAUAUUUAUACAAGAAUGAUCCAGAAUAUAAGAUUGAAAAGAAUGAUGGAAGAUUAUCUAUUGCUUAAAAAGUAUUAACAAAUAUUUUUACAGUUGCAGUUCCAAUAAUUACAACAGUUGCUAUUUUAGUAGUAAUAAUAAAUUUGAAAGAAUCAAGAAAGAAUACAUUUGCUCAUUUAGAAAGAAGCUUCAUGCAUGUUUUAAUAGUAGUUAAUUAUUUUCUUGUGACAUUUUUGCCUUAUAUUUUUACAUUUGAACUUUGGAGUGGUAAAAGUAUAUCAGCUUCUGUUUAUGAUUUAGUUACAUUAACUUAAAAUAAGAUUAUAACCAAACAUAUAUUUCAUACAGUUCAUAUUCGUUAUAUGGGAUUUGUUUUUUUAAGAAGAAGAAUUUAAAAAAAUUACAAAUAGUUUUUUUAAGGAUAAUUAAAUAAUUUAAUGACCCCUCCAACAUUUCCCUAAAGAAGUAGGGUUUGUAAUGCAAUGUACAGUUUGACUGUUGGUUUAUGUUUAGUUUAUGUAUGUCCAGUUAUAACUAUCAUAACUUUUAUAUUUAACUGUUACAUUUAUCUAUUUGAUAGAUAUAGUAUCACUCAUCUCUAUUCAAUUGAUAAAAAAUUUACUAUUUCACUUAUGCGACAUUAAUUAAAAAUAUAUUCUCUUUCAUUUUUUCCUAUUAAAAUUUACCUGUUUAUUAAAUUAUUCUGGGAAUAUGGAUGGUUAAUUUAUGCUGGUGUACCUACUUGUUGUGUAUUUACUAUUAUCUCGAUUCUAUUUCGUGAAAGAAUUGUUUAAUUUUUAUUGACUAAGGUUUUCAGAGUUUCCAGAAAAGAAGAUUCCAAAUAUGUACCAGAAACAUAUGCAUAAAAUUAUUAUUAAUAUAUAAAAAGUAAUCUUGUUAUAUUUUAUUUUUAGAAUUAAAUAUUGAUGAAUAAAACAAUAUUACAAGAAAAAUACUUCACUCUUAAGGUGGUGAGAUUAUUUGA